UGACAAGUUAUUUUCUAUGACAUUUGGUUGGAUCAAAAACAAGUUUUGAAAGUUAGUGUUAUGUUGUAUAGAAUUUUAAAUUAAUUUAUUCUUUUAACUACAUUUAAGUAACACUCAGGGUCAAGUCGUCAACCUUGCUACAAGGAUUCGCUGCGGCUGUUUGUUUAAUUAUUUUUCCUGUAGUGUCGUGUGCCCGCCGUUAUGAGGAAGGUAGUUUUGUUCAAAGGCGUGUCAGAAGAUUACGAGAAAGUAUUCAGCGACAAUAAUUAUGAAGUAGUGUUCGUGGAGCCUUUGCAGUUCUCCUUCAUCAACCGCGACCAGCUCCGAGAGAAACUCGACGAUAAACAGUAUGAAGGGUUGAUCCUGACCAGUCCGAGAGCUAUCGAAGCAGUGGGCAGAUGCUGGGACCCAGCCAAAUACAUGUUGUGGAACACAAAGACAGUGUACACUGUGGGGCACACUAGCUGCCAGAAAAUUAACCGGUUACUUGGUCUAGGGGCGUCGGGUGCAAGUUCUGGCAAUGCAGUGAACUUGGCUAAACUGAUCAUCAGUGAGAACUCCAAAACACACAAGUUUUUGUUUCCUUGUGGUAAUCUCCGCUCAGAAACUUUACCAAACACAUUGACAGCAGCAGAACUAUCUAUAGAUGCUCUGACAGUGUAUGAAACAAAGGAGAAUGAGAAUUUACGGAGGGACUUAAUGGAACUGAACGAGUCUGCCCCUGCUUGCAUGGUCUUCUUCAGUCCAUCGGGCUGCGAGUACAUCUACCGGCAACUGCAGACCUUCAACAACCGCCUCUCGGUGCUACCACACUUUGCAAUAGGAAAUUCCACUGCACACAAGAUUGAGAACCUUGGUUUGGAAAUAGCCGGGGUAGCUCAGAAGCCUGAGCCCGAGAGUAUUAUGGAGUCUAUAAAGACAUAUUUUGCAUCAACUGUUAGCUAGGAGUAAAAAUAUUUUUUAGUUAAUAAUGAAUAAGAGUUUGGGCAUAUAAUUAAAUUUUAAUAAAUCAUGUUUUUACUAUAAUCUUGGAAAUUAAAUUGAAAUCUAGUGUUGAUAUUUGAAGUUACAAAUUUUAAAAUAUAAGUUAUGAUUAAGAGACAUUGGAAAGAAUUUAAGUAUUUUUCUGUUAA